ACUUUGCUUGUCUGUCGUUCCUUUCGCCCUCUAAGUGCUUUACGCGCCUAAUUUGAUGCUUCUUUUUCGGAUCCGAUCCGGUAUAAUUCUCUCAUUUCCAUAAUAUCGACGGCCCCGUUCAAGCUGAGUCUCGGACGAUCAAAUCUUCGCCACGCUCACUGAAAAUUAAAUUCAUCGGGUUGAUCCCGCGUAAUUGGAAACGGCUGGUCUGUUCAUAUUGUUUAUCCUUCACUUAAUUAUAUACGUCCAUAUACUUGGAUCGUCGUUGCGCAUCACGGCCAUACCAAGGGUAUUAGUGAGUGAGUGAUCGCUCCUAAUUCUCACAUCUUAAGGAUGAGGGUAUCGCGGUCAACGUUUCUCCUAUCCGCGCUGAGCUCCUUGUCGCUCGUUCAGGCCGGCACAUAUCGCUACUAUGAUCAAUCCGUGAAGAGAGGGUUGUUAGAUCAGUUGCUCAGCGGUCUCGGCGUCGGUAGUAAUGGCGAUGGCGAUGGCAAUGGAAAGGGAAAGGGUCAUAAGGGCCAAGGACAAAAUAGCGCCGUCACCGUUACCGAGACAAUAAGGCAGACGAUCACGGUGGGAGCCGGAGCGGUAGGCGGAUUCAACGGCACAGCGGCUGUCACCCAAACGGUAACAGUCACCGAAACUGCCACUGCCACCGCCGCUGGUGGCAUCGGGGACGCACUCGGAGCCCAACUAUCGUUCAUCACAACGACCGUCUACAAUACCGGCGCGGUGCCCACGGUAACAGAGACGGCCCUCGCCUCGACAGUAACGCAAAUUGCUACCGAGACCGCCCCCGCGGCGACGGUGACCGAGAUAUCUACCAUCAUGCAGCCGGUAACGCAGGCCACGACCGUCACCGAAGUAUCGACGGUAACCAUGAUGCAAAUGAUCGCAGGCGGAACGCCCGUUGGUGCUCCGGUCCCGGCAGACCAGGCUUCAGCCAUCGCAUCGUCUGCUGCACAGGCAGCUUCCUCGGCUGCUGCCGUCCCGACAUCGUCAGCGGCUCCAGUUGCGCCUGCGCCCGCUGCUAGCGUUACAGUAACCGUCACGGAGACUUCCUCGGCCCAGUGUUCCGUCGUGGCCACUUCAUCCGCUGCCGUUGAAUCAUCGACAUCAGCAGCGGCGGCGACUUCUGCCCCCGCGACUUCUGCCGUAGCAACAUCAAGCGCCGUAGCUGAAACCACGUCGUCCGUAUCUUCCGCGCCGCCUUCGUCUUCGACCUCAUCUUCCUCAGCAGUCGAGACGCCAUCCAGCUCAAGCGUAGCAGCCGUCUCUCCCACCGCCGACUCCACCCUUCAACUCCCCGAAGUCGCUCCAUCAACGACGACCCCAACCUCAACAGCCCAAGCCAUCACGACCCCCCUCGCAGCGCAAUCAUCUCUCGCCCUCCCCGUCGAGACCCCGGCCGCCGCCAACAACGCCGGCAGCAACGUGACCCCCGCCGUGCCCGCCAUUACUGCCACGACCUUCGCCGGCGCUAACGAGGGCCCGUCGAUCGAUCUAACCGGCGUCACGCUGACGAACGUUCUGACGCUGGGAAAUCUCGGCCGCGUCUAAGUGCGAAAGAUCGCUGGGGAGGAACAGCUGAGGUCGGAUGUAUAGAAGAAGGGAAAGGAAAUACCCCGCCGCAGCAGAUUCGCCGUUUGCGUUCUGCUCGGAUUUGCAGGCUGUAAAAUAAUUAUCAUUAUCGUCAUCACCACUAGUAUCAUUCCCUUCCACACUUCCAUUUCUCGUUUUCAUAUUCCAAUAUACGCACGCAGACGUGAUUUAAGUAGCCCCGUUUUUGGCUGGUUGGCUGGUUGGUUGGUUGGUAUGGAGAAGAGAAAGAACCAGGGGCUUACGUUUACCACGAGAUGCUAGGAGCACAUGAGUUGUAUGUAUAUAGCUUUUGACUUCUUCGCUUCGCUUCUCGCUGCUGAAAUAAAUAAGCAACAAAUAAUUGAGUCGAGGCUGGCCUUGAACUGAGUCGUUGAGAUGCGUGAGCGUGAUAUGUGC